GUUACAAGCACACACAACUACAACAGAAAUCUAAGACUCUUAUGGCUUCCUUAAAAGUUACAUCUUUGCUUUCUUCUAUUUGUUCAUCAUCAUCAUCUUCUUCUUCUUCAGAAAGAAUAAAAUCCUCUAUCCAUGUCCCAAAACUCCCAAGAGCUAUUUUCGUAGCUCCAAAAACAAAACCAAGCAGAAAGCUGUUUGAGGAAUUGAAUGGCUUCACACACACAACCCCAAUAUUCCAAGAUGAUUCAUACAAUUCCACCAAUACGUCAAAAGCUACCACUCAACUAUAUGCAAUUCUAGAAGCCGUAGCUGACAGAGUGGAGAUGCAUCACAACAUCGGCGAGCAACGUGACAAUUGGAACACUCUUCUCUUAAACUCCAUCAACAUGAUUACUCUAACUGCAGCCUCCAUGGUUGGUAUUGCAGCCACAAGUGGCGUUGGCGCGCCACUUUUGGCUCUCAAGUUAUCAUCCACACUUUUGUUCUCUGCCUCCACAGGAAUGUUGAUUGUGAUGAACAAACUCCAACCCUCACAACUCGCUGAGGAACAACGAAAUGCUACGAGAUUGUUUAAACAACUACAGUCCCACAUCGAAACCACGAUAGCCCUUGGGAAUCCUACUAUAGAAGAUGUGAAGGAUGCAAUGGAGAAGGUUUUGGCAAUUGACAAAGCUUAUCCACUUCCCUUAUUAGGAGCUAUGCUUGAUAAAUUCCCUACAAAAUUUGAGCCAGCUGUUUGGUGGCCUUCAAAACCAUCUUCAAAGAGAAGAAACAAAAACCAAUUAGAAAAGAAUGGAUGGAAUGAAGGACUAGAAACUGAACUAAGGGAUGUGAUGGAAGUGGUGAAGAGAAAAGACAUGGAGGAUUAUGAGAGAUUAGGGAACUUAAUGUUGAAGAUUAAUAAGACUCUGGCUAUUGCAGGGCCUUUACUAAGUGGCAUUGCAGCAGUGGGAUCAGCAUUUGUGAGCCAGGGUUCAUGGACAGCAAUAGUUCCGGUUAUGGCUGGUGCAUUAGCCACAGCUGUUAAUGCCUUUGAACAUGGUGGGCAGAUAGGGAUGGUGUCUGAAAUGUACAGAAACUGUGGUGGCUUCUUUCAAAUGCUAGAUAAUUCUGUGCAAGAGACAAUGGAGGAAGACGCAGACCAAAGGGAAAAUGGGGAGUUGUUUGAAAUGAAGUUGGCUUUGAAAUUGGGAAGAAGCUUGUCUCAACUGAGAGAUCUUGCAAGAAAAUCAGCUUAUUCUCGUGUAGAGGGAACUGCCACUGAUGAAUUUGCUAGCAAGCUUUUCUAA